AUGGCGAUCCUCACAGAAGUCAAGUCCGAAACCGGCUUCGAUCAGACCAUCAAGAAUGCCCCCUCUUCCACUCUCUUUGUUCUGUAUUUCCAUACUCCCUGGGCUGCUCCGUGCGCUCAGAUGAACACCAUCCUCACAACCCUUGCCUCCACUUACCCUGCCAAUGCGGACAUUUCGUUCCUUUCUAUCAACGCCGAGGACCUUCCCGACGUGUCGGAGUCAUACGAUGUGACUGCGGUACCUUUCCUCGUCCUCCAGAAAGAUGGCAAGACACUUGAGACAGUGAGCGGCAGUGACGCGGCUAAGGUUCGCGCCGUGGUAGAGAAAUAUGCUGGAACCGGUAGUGGUGCUGGCAAAACAGGGAUUCCACCACCUCUUGAAGCCGCGCCGCAAUCACAUACGCAAACGAAUGGCGAUGCACCGACGGCCAGCAAGGAUUUGAGCGGUUAUGCACCAAAGCCUUCGGAUCCUCAGGCCGCACCAGCAUAUUCAUCCGGACUUGACUCGAGGGAGGAGUUGAAUGAGAGACUGGCGAAGCUAGUUAAGGCGGCACCGGUCAUGCUCUUCAUGAAGGGAACACCCAGCGCCCCUCAAUGUGGUUUCAGCCGACAGCUGGUUAGCAUCUUGCGAGAGAAUCAAGUCAAAUACGGCUUCUUCAAUAUCCUGGCCGACAACGAUGUUCGCGAAGGCCUGAAGGCCUUCUCCGACUGGCCUACUUUCCCCCAACUUUAUACCAACGGCGAACUGGUCGGUGGAUUAGAUAUCGUCCGAGAGGAACUUGAAGCAGACCCAGACUUCUUCAAGCCAUAUUCAGCGGCCGUGCCUAAGCCGGACGCACAGCCAGCUCCGACACCAGCGUGA